AUGUCCGGCUCUCCAGCCCAUCUCUUUGACCAGGACCUCCUUGUCCCCAGCUGGGCCAUGACGUGGGGCCAGGCCAGCUCCUGCUCUGCCCCCUCCGCGAGCAUUUGCAGCCCCUCCACGGCUCACAGCCAGAGCCUGGUCCCAGAGCAGGCCCACCGCUGGCUCCCAAAGGCCAGGGCACCCCAGAGGGCAUCAUGCCUCGCUGCCGGCAGCCAGCGCCAGAGUGCCAGCCAGAGAGAGAAGCACCGCAUGCGACGCCUGGCCCAGGCCCUGCACACCCUGCGCCUCUACCUGCCCACCUCGGUGGCACCCGCUGGGCAGAGCCUGACCAAGAUCGAGACGCUCCGCCUGGCCAUCCGCUACAUCACCCACCUCUCUGAGCAGCUGGGCCUCAGUGAGGAGGCGCUGGCACAGAGGAGGGCAGUGCUGGCGCGGCCUCACUGCCCCCUGUGCUUCUCAGGGCUUGGCUGCUGCCAGGCAAGGAGGUCAGACCAGGACACCACAGAGUCCCCGGCCCAGGACCGACCAGCCCCUGAGACUUGGACGGCCUCCCCACCCUGCCUGAUCGGAAUAGGUCAGGGGGUCCAGGUCCCCGACUCUAGAACCUGGCCACUGCCUCCUUGUGGCCUCCAGGAUGAGACUCCUGCUGCCGUUGCAGAAACCUGGGUGCCUCUUCAGAUCCAGACCUCUCCUGAGCUACAGAGGACUCCUUGCCCUCUCUCACCUUGCAUGAGGUCGCCCAUGGGCAAACCAGGCAGAGUCUGGCCUGGGGAGCAAACAGCAGCAGAUGCCCCUGUUGUCACCUGGGAAGGGCCAGCCUGGGACCUUGAAAAGUCACCUGGCUGCAAGGUAGGUGCUGCAUGGGGGUGCCUCUCCUCCUGGCAAAGUGCCCCCUCCCAACCCCUGCCAGGGCCCGUUGCCCUUUUGCCUUGGCGGGGCUCCCUCUUUACCCUGCUCAGGACCACAUUCCAGGAUGCUAGACAUCCUGCAACUUCCAAACUGCAGCUCGCCUUGGCACCAAUGCUUUUGAAAAGCAUCUCCCCAAGACUGGCAGCACAUGCACAACCCCCACCCCCCUAUCAGGCACGGGAACCUGCAAGGCAGCCUCCCACCUGUCUUGCGUUAUGGAACUGGGGAAGGGGGUAUAGGAGCAGCCCAGGGUGUCUAAAGGCAGGCUGGCUUCGGGAGAAAUCGGAUCCUCCCAGAUUGUGUGGCUGUGCAGUGGUACUCAGUAGGGAGAGAAACACACGUGCUGUCAAUGGACAAGAAAACCUCUUUUCUCCCUUUGUCUCCACCAUCGUGUCUCGUUGGCUUCGUUGAUUUUUGCGCACAAACGCUGAUUUGUGCAUUUGGCUCUGAUGUUGUUUGUCAGCUGCCCUGGGUUGCAGUACGAAGAAGGCUGCUGGGAUGUAUUUUUAACCAAUUAAUAUGUCCAAAGACACUCUCUCUUAGUGCCUUCCAGAUGUUUUCAACUGCAAGUCCCAUCAGCCCCAGCCAACACGGCUGUAGGAUGACCCUGGGGCUGAUGAGAGAUGUAGACAAAAACAUUUGGAGGGCUGCAGGGUGGAGAAGGCUGGCCCGGAGACCCUCCCACCCCCCGCGCUGGUUUCCUUGCUGCAGCGAAGAGAGCGGGCUGCCCCCUGGUGGGGGGAAAAGUCCUUUGCGUCUCCUGGUGAGCAACGCUGUUGCGCCGGGCGGUGAUCGCCACGUGGCUUUUGACCCCCUGCGGGGUUCCCCAGCCCUGACUGUGGGUUGCAUCUGACACGAGUGCCCCACGGAUGGGAGUGGGAGGCUGCUAGAUCUCUCUGAAGCAGGCAGAGGGUUGCUACGGCUUUACUUGUUUUCAUUUCGUAACUGGAUACCGUAUUGCUGGAAACCCACUCUUGGAAACAAUAAAAAUGUUAAUUAAUUAAAGAUACAGCCAAGGGGAGGGGGGAUUUGGUUUCCCUGCCUCCCAGGUGCAGGCUUUGAACUACAUUUGAGCCAGGACUGGCUGGGAUUUGAAUAAGAAGUUCCAGCUCUGGAAUAUAUGGAAAACAUGCAUUUCCCUGAACAUGUGCAGAGUAACCCAGCCCUUGAUGAUUUCUAAAUCCAGUACCAUGUGAAAUGAUGAAACCCUAUUUAUGAUUUGCAUGCACCCUUUUUUAUAAAGGGUCUUUAGCCAUGCCUUUGUUAAGAUGAACAGUCCUGAUCUUUUUCUAUUCUCCUUCAAUGAAAGAGCCCUCAAUAAUGUUUCUUACCCUUCUUUGAUAUAUAUAUAUCUAGUUCUAUGUUAUUGUGUGUAAUGGAACACUCCAUAUUAUAUUAAGUAUUGACAACUUGGUUUGUUUUUUAUUUACUUAUUUUUCUGGCAAGCAGAUCUUUAAAAAGCAUGAAAUAUUACUAUACACUGCAAAAUGCUCAGUAUAGGGAAUGUAGAGGGAAGAUGGAUAAACAACAAAGAGUCCUAGUAACUGCAGUGCAUUUCUAUGUGCAGUGUGCAUACCCCAGUGUAGUAUAAUGGUGGAAGUGUCAGACUGGGACUUGGGAGAUCAGGGUUCAAAUCCCCACUCAGCCAUGAACCUCACUGGGGGACCUUGGGCCAGUCACUCGCUCGCAGCCUAGCCUGAGCGCUGUUGUGGUGAAUAACCGGAGGAGAGAACCAUGUAUGCCUCCUUGGGGGGAAAGGUGGGGUAUAAAUGCAAUUAAUAUAUAUUUAUAAUUUAUAAAAAUAACAUAAAUAGAUUCCAAAACUAAGUUCGCCCGACAGAGUGCUGCCUGAUAGCUGCUUCUCCCUACCCACCUGUGAUUCCUUUCUUGGUUUCCUCAGGACGGCACCUACAGAGCUACUUGGGACCUCCCCACCCAGCACCCUUCCUGUGGUUUCCUGUGGAGCAGCCAGACCUUAAGAGGGUGAGUCUGCUGGGUGAGAAGCAGCCACAGAGGAGAAGCCACAGCAAAGGAGGAGGUCCUGUGGUUGUCCUGAGCAGCCUCCACCUGCACUGAAGGCAUCCUCGUCCCCAUCAGCAGGAGAUCCUCUUCUUCAGAGCUCCCAAACGCUGGGGCACAAUCAGGACAACAGCAUCUUCUCUCUCUGGAGGUUUCCAGUCCAAAGACCCACUCUGACUGCAGCAAGCGCAGUUGGGGACUUGGCUCCCAGGGACCCGCUGGGUUCUUCAAACCUUUGCUCAACCACAAACUCAUUGAGCCCUCUCUGUCUGGCCAUUGCCCUACCUCACAGGGUUGUUGUGAGGAUCCACAAGGCCACACACUUAAAAGUAGCAAAAAAAACCACUUGUUUGUUUAAUAAGUAGCAGUCUUCUUGCUUGGAUCCAAGGUUAUUUUUGUUUGUUUUAGACCAGCAGUUCCCAAAGUAGGCAGAACUGCCCCCUCCCCAGGGGGCUGCUAAGAGGCAAGGGGGCAGCCAGGGAUGCUGGUGGUGUAAAUGACUACCAGACUUUGAAAAUCUGGUAUCACCAGAUCAAUUUCAUCCAUUUUGUUGAAUUAAUUAAACUUAAUGGUUUUACUUGGAUUUUGAAUAAACAUGCAAUUAAUUGUUACUGCUUUGAAUUUUAUUGUGUUAUUAUCUUCCUAAGUGGGUAGUGCAAGCAGCUUUUAUUGGGUAGAGCAGUGGCACUGGGGAUGAGUUUAUGGAACCAAGGAAAAGUUGCCUGAAAAAGUUUGGGAACCACUGAUUUAGGUUAUCUCUCUUUCUCUUUCUCUUUCUCUUUCCCCAAAGACCUGUUCUCUUUCAAAUCACAAAGAUUGGUGGGGGGGGGGAUACACAGAGCUACAGAGAACCCCACCCCUCCCACUAAUAAACUAAAGAACAGCCUGGGCAUAUAAUUCAGGAUACUAUUUUUAAUUUAUAAAGUUAGGGUUUAAAAAUUUAUAAAGUUAGGGAUAUAAAAAUAUACAGAGCUUUCUGGGUGGGGGAACAUCACCAUGGACGAGAGGGGGACCCCUCUCUCUUUCCCCUCCCUCCCCCCUCCCAGGACCCCUGAGGCAGAUGUGGAAACAGGCAGUGCAAGAGAAGAGGCUUCUGGGCAGUGCGAAGAAGCAAGCGUGGCCCGUUUGCCCCAGGGCAGAAAGGAAUCUGGGGUGGUGGACGUGGCCAGGCCUCUUCAGUGGCCAGGAAGGAGCAGGACGAGGCUCACAGAAGGAUGGGGGAGAAGAGACAGCUUUGGCAGUAAAGGGGGACUCCAGAGCACUGUGGAAAGACAGGCAAACUGCUUGCGGACAACCUCAGCCUGA